AAUCAAGAUUCGAUGCUCUACAACUCAACAAAUCAACGCAAUUGAAAGAUCUUGAUUUCAACUUAACUCUAUACCUGAUCAUCGCAUCUAAUGAGCAUCUAAACAGGUCAAGAUCAAAUGCAGAGCCUAAACAACGAGGGCAUAUUUUGUUCUAAUUUUAACUAUGCAGACGCUAGAGGUAGCAUGCUUGCAAUGGUUGUUACAGUUCCUAAUACUAUAAGUAGUUAGUUGGAUAACUGAUUUUUCCUAACUAAAAUCAAAUGCAUCUGCUGAAUGCCAACGAAAACCUGGCGACAAAGUGAAGUGUAAGAUGUUUAAACCGUCGUACAUGUAUUAAAAGAAUUACGUUGAAAGGAACCGCAAGAGCAAGUAAAAUGUGUGCAAAGUUACUUGCGUGUCCGCUCUGCUCUCAGCCUGCGUUUUUGACGCUUGACGCACUGCGCGCAGGACUUAUAAGUGUGGCGACACGUCCACUGGCUUGUCCAGUAUGUAAUGAAGUAUUACUAGGCGUAGACAAGCUGACGAUACAUUUAUUCAGUCACACGAUUAAUUUUUCCAACGAUCAUAAUGCCAGGAACGGUAUCAGCUCUGUUAUUGACAAUCAGAAGAACUUAAGAAAUGAAGAAGACGUCGACCACACAACCAUUCACAAUUGGAACGUAAUCAACAAAACCAUCGGUUCUCAACACGAUUUUCCUAAUGUGAAGAGUUUGCCAAAAAGUCAAAAUCAAAUAGUUCCAUCGACUACGACAACUAAUCAAGUGAUAUUUUUACAAACGUUGCCACAACUCCAAUCUGCAACCUUAAGUCGCAAUGUGAAUAAUUCUGUUGGCGAGGAAAUUUACAUGCAGAGUAUUAUGCCUGCCGGAGAGUCGGCGACUCAACAAACGUCGUCAGGAUUUAGUAACGAUAAAUUGAAACAGUGUGUAGAAAAUUCAUUGACAAAUUCUAGCAAAUCUGAGAAAGUUGAUGAAAAUUGUAGGAAAAAAAUCCUUCAGUUCCAACCAAUUUGGUCGGACAAUUUUUUGUUGAGCAAAGAAAUUAAUUCGGCUAUUGAGGAAGCCAAUUCAUCUGAAAUUGUAACAGUAUCGUCAAAAGUGUUACCAAAAACUGACAUAGAAGUUUUGCUUGAGUCUGUAGCCAAAGGUAAAGAUGUCAACGAAGCAGAAACGAUGAAAACAGAGAACUCUGAAAAGGAACAAGGAAGUUCUGAGCAAUGCCAAGUGUCACCACAAAUCAAGUCGCUAAAACCACUGGCUACAAAAGAGAAAACCGAAAGAUGUGACAUAUGCGGUGUUUAUUUUUCUGAUCAGAACAUAUUAACUCUUCACAAACAACUUGUGCACAUGAUUAACGAGAAAGAUUUGAACAGAAAAUCUGAAGAUUUAUUGAAGAAUUACCCCUGCCAUUUGUGCCCAAAGGUUUUCAAGAUGAGGGGCAGUCUUAUGGUUCAUAUGAGGGUAGCACAUAUUGGUUUUAAUUUAGGCUCGCUACCGAAGGAAGGCGACGCCUUUCCAAUGCCCGGCGAACAUGGAUACAACUGCCCAACUUGCGGGAAACUAUUUAAGAAGGAGCAACAUGUUACUCAACACUUGAAAACACACGAGGGAAAACAAUGGGAAUGUGAUGUGUGCAGUAAAAUGUUUACGACAAAAUAUUUUCUGAAAAAGCACAAGAGAUUACAUUCUGGCGAGAUGCCUUACAGGUGUAACAUCUGCGACAAAACGUUCACUUUCCAGCAAUCUUAUCACAAGCACAGGCUUUACCACAAGGACGAUAAACCUCAUACUUGUACCACUUGCGGUAGAUCUUUCAAGGAGCUUUCUACUCUGCAUAAUCAUGAACGUAUACAUACGGGCGAAAAGCCUUUUGCCUGCGAAACAUGCGGCAAAUGUUUUCGUCAACGUGUAUCGUACUUGGUACAUCGACGGAUCCACACUGGAGUGAUGCCAUACAAAUGUACAGCGUGUGGCAAAUGCUUUAGAUACAAAGUGAGUCAACGAACGCACAAAUGUACAGCGCAACCACCAGGAACGGUGGUGCGUCAGUCGAGCGACCUGGUUCAACGACUAUUGCAGGUAUCGCAGAUAAAAGAUUCCAGUUCGUCAGAUGGUGGCAAUACCAACAAGGUUCCAUCAUCGUCAGAAACCGAAACUUCACAAGUUCAGUGUAUAGCAAACGAGGAGAACAGGUACAUUUUGAUAAUUAAUAACCUAGGUCAGCAUGUUUUAACGAGGCAAUCAGAAGUCGAAGGUAAACGAUUGAAGGAGGAAGUGGAUACAGAGCGGAAAUUGACUGCAAUGAAAUAUGAGGAAAGAAAUGAUGAAACAUUUAUCAGGGACUUGUGGGGUCACAAUAUUCUAAAUGGAACAACACUCAAGGAUUCUAUGGAGAUAUCAGUAAGAAGUGGCUUAGUAGAGUCCGAGCAGGAAUUGCUAUCAGGUGAUGGAAAGAACGACUUCUUUUCCAUGGGACUGUCAUCGUCCACAGAGAACGAAGUUCGAUCACCAUCAAACGAAAUGGAACACCUAAGACUUUCCUCCCCAACAAGCAGUGAAACUAUCGUCAAUAAUGUCAAUCAGACGUCCAGCGUUGAAUUACACUCAAUGACAAAUGACUUUCAAUGUGGAAUGAACGGAUGUCACGAUAUAAUGAUUCAACAAGACUUCGUAAGCGAAAAUAGCACAGAAGCUAUCUCUUCAUCAACGAUCAAUGAGGAAUCUUUGAAGCAAUUACUCUACGGUAAUACAGAAACACACAAAUAAUUUCAGAAAGAACAAUUUCGUUUAAUCCCUUCAAGUACAAUCAUUAUAUUUAAGUUAUAAAUAUACAUAGGUGUAUAUACAUUGUAGACAUUAGAAACAAAAUUCUUAGGCAGGUUUUCUGUAACUUGCAUAAAUAUUUUAACACGCUUUAUUUUAAAUUUGGUAUCACUAAUCAAAGCGAUCAUCAUCGUUUGCCUGAUCCUCUUUCUCAGAAAACUGUGUGUAGUGGUGAUCACAGAAUCAGUGGAAUACAUCUCUGUUAUUAAGUGAAAUUUGUUCUUAGUAGGCGUUUUCGAAUUACAAAACUUGCGCAAUGUGAAUCUUAGAAGCUUCGAUUGUAUAUCUUGAUAAUUAACUAUUUUCGUUAGUCUUUUUUACUCAUUCUCACUCACAAAAUAAAUAAAUUAUAUGUGUUUGUUUUCUUUGUACAUAUAUUUUCAUCUCUACUACAAUGAGAUGGUGGUAUAAUUUUGAAUCAAGAUAUUUUUAUAUACUUGGUACAGUGUUUAAGUAUAGAGGAACACAUCCAGUUUCGUAG